AAACUUCGAAUACGCGAAGUAACCAGCUGCUACUAAACUUAGAAUGCUCAACUUCAUAAAAUGCGCAAUUCGAGGUAAACAACUUAUGAAUAUUCACUAUCGGGAGGAUAAAAGUGAAUAUUUCAAUAUUAAAAGAGGAGGAUAUGAAAGUGAAUAUUAUUAUGAUGUUAUAAUGGCAUUAUGAAGACCGAGGAAACUGUCACAAUACGACGUGCAUAUCGCAUGUUAAAUUUAUCAAUCCCUGACAUCGCUACGGUUAAUAGUUCCGUAUUCGAAGGGUCGAUAGAAUCUACGAGCGUGUCGAUAGAAUCCAGGAAUGUGACAAUGAUUAAUGAAUCGGCGACGCAAAGCGUGAAUAUAUCGAGCCAAAUCGAGAAUGUCGAUGGAAUACUGUAUUUGUAUGGAACACCACCUCUGAUCCUCUUUUGCAUUAUUUCAAUAGUCGUAAAUAUCAAAGUUCUGAUGAGCGUAUUUUGGAUUAGACGCCCACUCAGUCCAACAUUAUAUAUCAGUUUGAGUCUAGCAGGCGCAGACGCUUUCUCCAGCAGUAUUCUGGGCAUAGGACUAGUUUUAAAUAGUUUCAUACCUUUUGGUCUUGGAAUCAAAUUGAAAGGCAUGGACUGUUUUCUAUUGGCUCUCGAAGUCGUGCGAUUGGGAAGUGUGAUAAUUACGGUAUUUCAUCUAAUGGCUCUGGCAGUCAAUCAUUAUCUGGGCAUUCUUAAACCUCUCCAUUACCUUUCGAUCCUGACGUACAGAAAUACUACAAUUCUAUUAGUUUUGCUGUGGAUGUUGCCUAUCUCUUUCUUCGCAUUGUACUUUAAUCUAAUCGAGAACAACGGUUUCCAGUCCGAAGGAUGCAAAAACAACACAUUCCUAUCUUAUAAGCAAUUUCGGAUGUUGUUCAGCAGCCUCUUUUUCGGGCCCUUCGCGCUGAUGGUUUGCAUUUACGUUCACAUAUUCUGCAUAGUGAAGAGACAUCAAGCCACGAGGCUCCGCUUUCGCAGAACGGGAUCUUCCGUUCGUGCGAGAGCGUCGGAAGCGUUACGUAGUAAUUCUAGGCAAAUGGCGCGUAACGUUAAAGCCAUCCACACAACUUUAUACAUACUUGGAAGCUUCGUAAUCGGAUGGAUGCCUGGAGUAAUGAUGUACAUGCUGGUUUGUAACGACUGCGUAUUACAACUUAAUGGGGUGUCGGCACGUGGCGUGUUCCUCAUCUACGCCACAAUUAACGGUCUUAUUAUCCUGAAAACUUUGGUAAAUCCCAUUAUUUACGCCGCCCGAAUGCACGAGAUUAAAAUUGCCACGAGGCGAAUGCACGACGCCUUUUGCGGGUGGUCAAAGCUCACCUAUUUUACUACCGACCGAGGAAUCAGCCGAAUGUUCAGCAGCGAGGAGAGCAGACAUUGGCAAUCGAAAACUAGUCGACUAUUUCAGAAUAUGAGCGUUCGGAAAGCUCGAAACGGAAGCACGUACACGUGCGCAGGUUACAAUAUACACGAAUACGGCAACACGCCCGUGUAAAACACGCGAUAUGUAAGACACGAUGCGAAAAUAUUUUUAUAUCACACGUGCGUGGAAAGUGGCCCAUUACGCGCGCGCCAUUUGUGCGACA